AUGUCGUCUGGAAGCUUUGCUAGUCUUUCAAGUUCUGAAGAUGAUGAUAUUCCUCAUAGUAAAAUCAUUAAUACCAGUACUUCCAGUUUCCAUCUCCAAAUGGAGAACUCAGACUCGGGGUCGGAUGACGGUUCGAAAACAGUGGGUACAUCUAUACAAGAAAAGGGUCCUUCUGAAAGUCCUCUCCGAAAGAAGCAAAGGAAUGCUGUGUUGGCGCCUCUAGAUUUGUCAGCCCCUUCAGAACAGUUUAUGCCUGGAGCAUGCGGUGGACCAGCAGAUAUGGACACACCAAUUUCGAUUCGACGAAGAUUAACUUCAACACCUAACGCCUUUCACACCAGCGCUGCACACAAUAAUGUCAACAUUGAGUCAGUUAAUGAGCUAAUGAAGAGAAUGAUGGAUGCUCAAACUGAGAUUUUGAUGAAGACAUUGACAGAUCAAGGGGAAAAAAUUGAAGAAUUACAUCACUUGUUACAGAGGAUAGAUUUACAUGCAGGAGCUCAGAAAAAAGGAAAAAUAAGAGCUGUCCAUGUUCCUGCUCAUAUUAAGCAAGCUGUUCGUGAUGCUUACAGGCAUAGCACUACAGAAAAAAAUUUAAUCUGGACAUGUAAAACAGCAGCUGGUUCUAUUUUGAAGUAUUCUGCAGAGGUAAAUAAAGAGAUGUCUGAGGCUAUAUGUCUUUAUGUCAAAGGACAAUUUUCAACAACAGAAGAAGGUGUUAUUAAGACUGGUAUUGAGACAUAUUUCAAUACCAUAAAACAAAGGAGACAAAUGGAGGAGGAUGGAAAAAAGGCCUCACACAACAGAAAAAUGGUUUUGUAUGGGAGAAAGAACAGGAAGCUUCAAAAUAGAGUUAAGGCCCUUGAAGCAAAGAAACUACCAGUGCCUGAAGAGGAAAAACUAAUGAAGGCCAUAAAAAUUGAUUUCAUGUCGAGUGAGGACAGUGAUUCUGAAGAUGAAACGCGCCUUAUUACAAGACCUCUGCCAUGGCUGUCGAAAGAUUUUAAAUCUUACAUGGAUAAACUUGACAGUAAAUACCAGAGACAGCUCAAUGCACAAGGCAAAAAGUUGAGAUCUAAGAGAGUUGUUGGCAGGCCAUCAGAGAGGCCUUGUCCCAAUAAGUCCCAAGACCUGUCAUGGGUUUUUGCUUAA